AUGUCUUCCGCCGUUUGCAAAAUCAGCAUGGGCAAGGCAUCCGUCCAGAACACCGUCUCCCUCUGGACAACCCUCUCCCAAUGCUACAAUGAGAUUGCCCAGAGCUUCAACAUCCAAGACCCCGAAGGCAUCCUCACCACUUCAGACAGCAUCUCCAAGGUUGUCCAUGCGACCUUUGACCACGACGAGCACGGCCUGAUCGAGCAGAACUCGUCCUCCAUGGCCAACCACCUCGACGAUACCACCAAGGCUCACAUGCUCGCUCAAGCCAUCGCCGGCAUGGUUGCCUUCUUCCAGAAGCUCGCCUCGCACCAUCUUGGCCCCGUCACGCAGGUCAGUUUCGACCGUGAGGUUCACCACUUCGCCGAGUGCGAGCUGCGCUCCGCCAUGAUCCGCAAUAUCGAGGAGAGCCGCCUCUUCGGCCGCUGCUACACCAAGAGCCAGAUCGCCGACCUCAUCAUGAGCGUCGUCGAGGGCAAGGUGAACGACGCCGAGUUCACAUCCGAGGACGAAUACCAGAACGCCAUCGGUUGGGCGACAGAGCUGCCUGCGCGCAACAUGGGCUUGCCGUGGGGAUUCUCCAUCAUGGCUCUGAACUGA